AUGUCGACCACCAUCCCCCGCCAAACGAUACGAGUCCUCUCGUCACGAGCACGUUCCUCCCUCAGGCCGUCUUCCGUCUCCUCGUCGCAACGUACCUUUUCCAGCUCGUCGACCUGCGCCGGCGAAAAGAACAAUGAGUAUGUAGACAAGCCGCGCUGGUCAUACACUCCUCCCGGCACAAAGGCGCCGUUUAGUCUUCGUCAAAUCGACAGUACCCGAGAGCCUUAUAGAGCAAACGAGGACCCGGCAGUCUUGGACAAGUUUUAUAGGUCACUAUUGGGACCCAAUGGAGAUAAAAUGCUCUCGGAGGAGAUCAAGUGGCUGGCAGUAACUCAUAAGAGCUUUGAUCAGGGACGACGAGGUUAUAAUGACCGUCUAGCGCUGCUCGGUAAACGGAUCGUGCAACUACAAGCAUCGCUGCUUCUCGUCCAGAACCCAGGAAGUUAUAAAACCGAGGUUCCGCCUUUGAGCAAGGAAGACCAGCAUAAAACCAUCAAACAUCCUGCUCUCGAGGGCCUCGAAAACCUCACCUUGGAUAACCGUGGAUGGUUCACACACAAGUUCAACGUCUCGAAAGUUGCGGAAAAGUACGGAUUGCUGAAGGUACUUCGAUGGGCGCCCGUGAAGCCCAAUGAUUUGGAACACUCCGGCCUCAACGUCGUCCUCACCCAUACAAUGUACGCUAUCGUCGGAGCCAUUGCCCUCGAGAGAGGUGGCGUUGAAGCCAAUGAAUUUGCUCGGCAACGCAUCUUGGCUCCCCAAGGACUGGGAAGCAAUUGA